AUGAAAGAUGAGGGAUCUCCAAAUGAAAAUUUCAGAAAUUUAUGGGAAAAUUUAUUAAAGUUAGAACAGAAUAACAUAUGUGAUUUAUUUGAAUCUUUAGAUACUACAAAAUUUCAAGAAGAAAUAUGGACAAAGAAGAAUUCGAAAAAGAAAAAUAUAGGUGGAGGAAUAACAAGGAUAUUAGAAAAUGGAACUGUAUUUGAAAAGUGUGCAGUUAAUUACUCAUGUGUAUAUGGAACCAUAGAUCGAGAGACAGCUAAACAGAUGUGUGUUAAUCAGUAUAAUAAAGAAUACAUAGACACGAAAGAAAUUUGUUAUUCAGAUGAUAUUAAUAAUGUCAUUUCACGUAUUAUAAAUAAUAAUAACAUAAAAAUUAUAAAUGAAAAGUACAAGUAUUAUGCUUCUGGAAUAUCUAUUAUUGCACACCCAGUGAACCCAAAUGCACCAUCAAUCCAUUCGAAUUUUCGCUUUUUUCAAGUAUUCAUCAAGACAGGGAGGAAAAAAAAAAAAAAUUCAUCUACAGCAAAUAACAAUUCUACUUAUAGAAACACCAAUAUAGGAAAUAAUAAUGCGUACACCACUUCCAAUAAAGGGUGUGGAAAUGGUCAACCAAGUAACGCUUUGCAUAGUACGCAUGGAAACAUAUCUAGCAGUUGUAACAGUGGAGAGAACUCUACUGGUUGCAAUGCCAAGAGUAAAAUAAGCAGUAACUAUAAGAGUCUGAAACAUUGGUUCGGAGGGGGAUGUGACCUUAGCCCGUGCUAUAUUUUUCCUGAAUUGUUCAUACAUUUUCAUCAUUCAUUUAAGUUAGUAUGCGAUAAGUAUAAUCACUUAUUUUACAAAUAUUUUAAAAAAUGGUGUGAUUUAUAUUUUCGAAUUAGACAUAGAAAUAUAAGUAGGGGAAUCGGUGGAAUAUUUUUUGACAAUUUGUUAGAUAACAAUAUUAAGAUAAAAUCAAAAGGUAAAACAAAAAAUUCCAAAUCCAGGGAUAUACUUACCAUUAAUCUGCACAAUAAAAACAGUAAUAACUAUAAUAGUAAUCAUAUUGGGAAAAAAUCUCUGAACGAACAAAACACAUGCAAAUGCUACAGUUGCAAUUGUAUUAUGGAUAAGAGCUACAAAAUAAUAUAUUUGUUUAUACAAGAAUGUAUUAUAAAUUUUAAGAAAUCCUACCUUUAUAUCUUGGCACAAACAAUUAAUUGUAAAUAUGAUAGUAAUAUGAUUAAUUGGCAACGCGUUUGUCGAGGCAGAUAUGCAGAAUUCAAUUUAAUUUACGAUCGAGGUACCAAAUUUGGCCUUGAGUUAAAUACAUAUAAAAUUUAUAGAAGAAAAAAAAAAUCAGAAAAAGUAGAAAAUUAUGUUUCUACAAAUUAUUUAAAGGAUGAAAUUUUUUCGGAGCAAAAUUCUGAUUAUUUCUCAGAUGAACAUGAAAAAAUUGACAAUGUUUUUUCAUCACUCCCCUUAAAGUGCGAAUUCUUUUACAAGUACAAAAUUGUGAAAUAUUCACGUGAAUACGAAACUUUGCAAAUCUUGAAGCACCCCAAAAAGUGGGUUGACUAUUAG